AUGGCGCCACUUGGGCCCCCCAACAGUCAGAUGAUCAGAUACGCCAAGCUGGACUCUUGGGCUCUGCUUGUUGUGGAGCUGGAGGGCAUGCCGCAGAACUGGCGCCCGGCCUUUGACAGCCUGUGGGAAGCUUCCGCAGGAGCCGCCAGCCAAGCGCCGCCAAAUCUUGUCUUACUUGACAGAACCACACAACAGCAGCUGGGCUUCGCAUCCGGAGGCUGCAGUGACAGCAAGGCCAGGAGCAAGAACAUUGGCAGCCUGUUUGCCAUCAUGUGCGGGGCGGAUGUGAUCAUUGAGGCAGAAGAGGGUGUGGAGCAUGUGGAAGCUGCAGGGCAGCUGCCGUUGCAGGCGGCAGCUUCCGGGCCCUUCCUCCAAGCGUUCGGAGACCCCUCCUCGCGGCUCAUCAACCCCUACGCGCUCUUCGGCCACCCCGAGAUCUGGCCGGCGGUGUUCCCUCCCGCCGCCGUCAGCAACGCCACUUUCGAAUUUCGAAAGGUCCAGCAGCCGCCAGAUCAGGACGGCUCCUACCGGCCGCUGAUCCAGUCAGCGCUGGUGAAUGACUACCCGGCGACUGAUGCAGUGCUCGGGCUGACUCUGCUGGCACACAAGGGGCCACAACGCUUCUACAGCAAGCCGGCAGCAAUUGGAGUUCAGCCGGGGUAUUUCGCGCCGUUGGGCCUCGGCAGCACUGUCUACGGCAGCGAUGCCUUCUGGGGAUUAGUCAUGCAGGGCGCGUCAAAUCAGGCGCUGGCACCAGCCUGGCGGUCUCUCUGGGUGCAGAAGCUGCUGUGGGGUGUUGGGGGCCAGCUGCUUAUUUUGGCGCCCUCUGCCAGGCAGAACAGGACUGUCAGAUUAUUGCAGCUGGAAGCUCAGGGGCAGGAAAUGGAAGGGUAUUCAAAGACGGGGACUUUGGUGGAUUUCCUACACCAUUGGGAGGGCAAUGAAAAUAUAUUGGACUUGAAGAUGUUGCAGCUGGCGAGGGAUUUGAGAAGUGCAGGAUUUUGGUCCCAAGCUGAGGUGGACAGCAUGGGAGCAUGGGUGGCAGACUUGAGGGCAGUGGGCUAUGUGUUCCCAGAUGUGCUUGUCCCAAAACAGCAAGCAGUCAGUCCUGCAGAGGGCGCUAGGACAAAAAAGCUGGCUGCAUUCUGCUUCACUGGGCAGGCAGACAGAGCCCCAGAAGCCAUACCAGCCACUCUCAGCCAAAUGCAGAAGCUGCUCACUGCUGAGAGCACCUCUCAGGAGGCAAUGCAGCUAGCAGAGACCCUCGAGCAUUCAAGGACUGAGGAUGGCAGUAUCCUGUUUGCGCAUGACACAUUUGCUUAUGUGUCCACCCAUGAGAGCUGCGGUGACCACAUCAGGUGGAUUGCGCAGCAGCCGUUCACCUUCAGCAUAUUAUACAAUGACCCCUUGCUAGAAGUGCCAUACCCCCUGGACCCCGCUAGGCAGCCUCCACCAGGCUUCCAAGAGUGGCUGGGAUUUGCCAAGGAGAAAGGCUGUGUGUUGGAGAAGUAUGACAGGAUUGAGGAGGAUCUGAGGCCUUUCAGAAAGACUGGGAUCACAGCAGCAAUGGUCAGGGAGGCAGCCCAAUUAGAGCAUGUGGCCCUGUUUCAGAUCAGGGGCGGCCAGGUGAUCAGUGGGUUGGCGGGUGCACUGCCGGACAUGGACUUUGUCGUGAACUGCAUUGACGAGCCGCGAGUGCUGCUGGGAGAGGGAACUGCGGCCGAGCGCAUGCACACCAGCUGCAGAGGCGCAUCCCAGGACACUGUGCAGCUGUGGCACCAGCACGGAUACUUUGUGGGGGGAUGGCAGCCGCUGGUGGGCUCUCUGCUGCCAGUGCUGUCACAGUCCAAGAUCAACGGCUGCUUCCAGGACAUUACCAUUCCCACAUGGAUGAACGACGGCACGAACCGAGUAGAGCCAGAUGAGAUUCUGGGCUGGCGCAAGCGCUGCCCUAAAUUAUAUUUCCGGGGGACCAGCACAGGUGGGCGCGUCGACAAUACGACGGCGUUCCAUGUCAUGCACCGGCAGCGGUUAGUAGAGUACGGGCUCAACCGGACCGAGGUCAUGGACGUCGGAUUUGUGGGGUACGUGCAGUGCAGUGAGGAGGCAUGCCGAGCGAUGGAGGCGCAGUACGGGCUCAAAGAGCGGGUGCCCGAGGAUGAAAUGUGGCGCUACAAAUUCCUCAUGAUACUUGACGGCAACACAUUCAGCAGCCGCCUCAUGCGAACUCUCACAUCUGGAUCCCUAGUCUUCAGGGCCGGGCUUUUUAGUGAGUGGUUUGACGAGCGCAUACAGCCGGGGGUGCACUACAUACCAGUCGGAUUGGACUUUCAGGACCUGCAGGGAAAGUUGGACUGGGCGUUGAGCCAUGAUAAGGAGGCGCAUGCAAUUGCAGAGCAGGCUGCGCUGCAGGCGAAGCUGUUCAUUCGGCCGGAGGAUAUUCAGUGCUACUGGUACCGCCUGCUGCUGGAAUAUGCCGGCCUGCUGCAGCAAGGUUCUGCAUCAAAUAAAUGA